AUUCGAUAUUAAGAUGGUCUCGAUUGAUAAAAAACAAUGUUGUAUAUUUCUGCCACACUCUUACGACUACUAUUACUGACUAUUCCAUGCCAUGCACACAUUCUUUACGCUGAUGAAGUAUCUGAGACCCGAAACGAACUUGGUUUGUACAGAAAUCUUGAAGAGGUACUCAACGUGUUUAAAAGAGACGAGAGUAACAUAUCCAAGGAGAUUUUGGAAAGUUUUCAACAGAAAUGCCUGUAUAUGGAAGACCCAGUUCUGCCCAUGGGAAAAAGAAAGCCAUUCAUUGUCGUUGAAGGAAAUCAGAAAUCGAGUAAACAUUCUAUAGCUCUGAAGUUGGCAAACCUGCUUGAUGGACGUUACAUUACGAGGUUGGCACCAUGUUUAAGGCGGUUCUCCUCUAAGCUGUUAGGCAGCAGUCCUCUGAUGCAGCCUUUCCACUUCCUCUCCUUGUACGCCUCAGCCUUCGAGGCUCGGGUACAGAUGACACUCAAUAGAGCUGUGGUUAUUAGUGGUUACUGGACGGAACAACUAUCAUCCGCCAUCAGCAGAUCUUUCCAGGCUGGUGCACUACCGCCGGUCUCUGCAGACUUCUUCCGCUACCCUGACGACCUGAUGCAACCUGACCUUCAUGUUUUCCUUAGUUUUAGUGAAGCCCUGUAUACCACCACGCCAGCCCAGCCCGUUUACUACAAAAUAGACAACGUCAGGAGGCAGUUCAGCUUAAAAAAGAGGAAACUAGAGUUGUACCGGCAUCUGCAGUCUGAGCUGCCCAUCCUGAUCCAUGAGCUACAGAGGGUCUCCAAUCACGUUACUGCGAGACAACUGGUGGAACAGAUUCGCGCAAACCUGUCUGGUACAAGAGACGUGCACCAGGGUCGGUCCAUUGACUACUAGGAGAGCACAUGGUCUGUAGUGUUACUAUUGUGAAUAAACUGUUUUAUGUAAAGUUA